CUAGGCUCAUUUAUAAAAACGCAUUUCACCACCUUGAACUACGUUAUUGAUUACAAACUUAUCCUGCCAGAAUUAAACUGCGAGCGACAUUUUGUCCAACGUCUUCUUUAUCCUAGCAUAUAAUAUUACAGCACCAAUAUGCAGAUCUUCGUUAAAACACUGACUGGUAAAACAAUCACGCUUGAAGUAGAACCAUCAGACACCAUUGAAAAUGUCAAAGCUAAAAUACAAGACAAAGAAGGAAUCCCUCCUGAUCAACAAAGGUUGAUUUUUGCCGGAAAGCAGCUUGAAGAUGGACGAACUUUAUCGGACUACAAUAUACAGAAGGAAUCAACCCUUCAUCUUGUUCUCAGACUCAGAGGGGGCAUGCAAAUCUUUGUGAAGACCCUCACUGGCAAAACCAUCACCCUUGAGGUUGAACCAUCAGACACCAUUGAAAAUGUCAAGGCCAAAAUCCAAGACAAAGAAGGCAUUCCCCCAGAUCAACAGCGUCUGAUCUUUGCUGGCAAACAGCUUGAGGAUGGUCGCACUCUGUCAGAUUACAACAUUCAGAAAGAAUCAACCCUUCAUCUGGUGCUUCGUCUGAGAGGUGGUAUGCAAAUCUUCGUGAAGACCCUCACUGGCAAAACCAUCACCCUUGAGGUUGAACCAUCAGACACCAUUGAAAAUGUCAAGGCCAAAAUCCAAGACAAAGAAGGCAUUCCCCCAGAUCAACAGCGUCUGAUCUUUGCUGGCAAACAGCUUGAAGAUGGUCGCACUCUGUCAGAUUACAACAUUCAGAAAGAAUCAACCCUUCAUCUGGUGCUUCGUCUGAGAGGUGGUAUGCAAAUCUUCGUGAAGACCCUCACUGGCAAAACCAUCACCCUUGAGGUUGAACCAUCAGACACCAUUGAAAAUGUCAAGGCCAAAAUCCAAGACAAAGAAGGCAUUCCCCCAGAUCAACAGCGUCUGAUCUUUGCUGGCAAACAGCUUGAGGAUGGUCGCACUCUGUCAGAUUACAACAUUCAGAAAGAAUCAACCCUUCAUCUGGUGCUUCGUCUGAGAGGUGGUAUGCAAAUCUUCGUGAAGACCCUCACUGGCAAAACCAUCACCCUUGAGGUUGAACCAUCAGACACCAUUGAAAAUGUCAAGGCCAAAAUCCAAGACAAAGAAGGCAUUCCCCCAGAUCAACAGCGUCUGAUCUUUGCUGGCAAACAGCUUGAGGAUGGUCGCACUCUGUCAGAUUACAACAUUCAGAAAGAAUCAACCCUUCAUCUGGUGCUUCGUCUGAGAGGUGGUAUGCAAAUCUUCGUGAAGACCCUCACUGGCAAAACCAUCACCCUUGAGGUUGAACCAUCAGACACCAUUGAAAAUGUCAAGGCCAAAAUCCAAGACAAAGAAGGCAUUCCCCCAGAUCAACAGCGUCUGAUCUUUGCUGGCAAACAGCUUGAAGAUGGUCGCACUCUGUCAGAUUACAACAUUCAGAAAGAAUCAACCCUUCAUCUGGUGCUUCGUCUGAGAGGUGGUAUGCAAAUCUUCGUGAAGACCCUCACUGGCAAAACCAUCACCCUUGAGGUUGAACCAUCAGACACCAUUGAAAAUGUCAAGGCCAAAAUCCAAGACAAAGAAGGCAUUCCCCCAGAUCAACAGCGUCUGAUCUUUGCUGGCAAACAGCUUGAGGAUGGUCGCACUCUGUCAGAUUACAACAUUCAGAAAGAAUCAACCCUUCAUCUGGUGCUUCGUCUGAGAGGUGGUAUGCAAAUCUUCGUGAAGACCCUCACUGGCAAAACCAUCACCCUUGAGGUUGAACCAUCAGACACCAUUGAAAAUGUCAAGGCCAAAAUCCAAGACAAAGAAGGCAUUCCCCCAGAUCAACAGCGUCUGAUCUUUGCUGGCAAACAGCUUGAGGAUGGUCGCACUCUGUCAGAUUACAACAUUCAGAAAGAAUCAACCCUUCAUCUGGUGCUUCGUCUGAGAGGUGGUAUGCAAAUCUUCGUGAAGACCCUCACUGGCAAAACCAUCACCCUUGAGGUUGAACCAUCAGACACCAUUGAAAAUGUCAAGGCCAAAAUCCAAGACAAAGAAGGCAUUCCCCCAGAUCAACAGCGUCUGAUCUUUGCUGGCAAACAGCUUGAAGAUGGUCGCACUCUGUCAGAUUACAACAUUCAGAAAGAAUCAACCCUUCAUCUGGUGCUUCGUCUGAGAGGUGGUAUGCAAAUCUUCGUGAAGACCCUCACUGGCAAAACCAUCACCCUUGAGGUUGAACCAUCAGACACCAUUGAAAAUGUCAAGGCCAAAAUCCAAGACAAAGAAGGCAUUCCCCCAGAUCAACAGCGUCUGAUCUUUGCUGGCAAACAGCUUGAAGAUGGUCGCACUCUGUCAGAUUACAACAUUCAGAAAGAAUCAACCCUUCAUCUGGUGCUUCGUCUGAGAGGUGGUAUGCAAAUCUUCGUGAAGACCCUCACUGGCAAAACCAUCACCCUUGAGGUUGAACCAUCAGACACCAUUGAAAAUGUCAAGGCCAAAAUCCAAGACAAAGAAGGCAUUCCCCCAGAUCAACAGCGUCUGAUCUUUGCUGGCAAACAGCUUGAAGAUGGUCGCACUCUGUCAGAUUACAACAUUCAGAAAGAAUCAACCCUUCAUCUGGUGCUUCGUCUGAGAGGUGGUAUGCAAAUCUUCGUGAAGACCCUCACUGGCAAAACCAUCACCCUUGAGGUUGAACCAUCAGACACCAUUGAAAAUGUCAAGGCCAAAAUCCAAGACAAAGAAGGCAUUCCCCCAGAUCAACAGCGUCUGAUCUUUGCUGGCAAACAGCUUGAAGAUGGUCGCACUCUGUCAGAUUACAACAUUCAGAAAGAAUCAACCCUUCAUCUGGUGCUUCGUCUGAGAGGUGGUAUGCAAAUCUUCGUGAAGACCCUCACUGGCAAAACCAUCACCCUUGAGGUUGAACCAUCAGACACCAUUGAAAAUGUCAAGGCCAAAAUCCAAGACAAAGAAGGCAUUCCCCCAGAUCAACAGCGUCUGAUCUUUGCUGGCAAACAGCUUGAAGAUGGUCGCACUCUGUCAGAUUACAACAUUCAGAAAGAAUCAACCCUUCAUCUGGUGCUUCGUCUGAGAGGUGGUAUGCAAAUCUUCGUGAAGACCCUCACUGGCAAAACCAUCACCCUUGAGGUUGAACCAUCAGACACCAUUGAAAAUGUCAAGGCCAAAAUCCAAGACAAAGAAGGCAUUCCCCCAGAUCAACAGCGUCUGAUCUUUGCUGGCAAACAGCUUGAAGAUGGUCGCACUCUGUCAGAUUACAACUCAGAAAGAAUCAACCCUUCAUCUGGUGCUUCGUCUGAGAGGUGGUAUGCAAUCUUCGUGAAGACCCUCACUGGCAAAACCAUCACCCUUGAGGUUGAACCAUCAGACACCAUUGAAAAUGUCAAGGCCAAAAUCCAAGACAAAGAAGGCAUUCCCCCAGAUCAACAGCGUCUGAUCUUUGCUGGCAAACAGCUAGAGGAUGGUCGCACUCUGUCAGAUUACAACAUUCAGAAAGAGUCAACCCUUCAUCUGGUGCUUCGUCUGAGAGGUGGCAAUUAGAUCUGCCUUUGAUUAAAGAACCCAAGCUCAGUUCUGUUUAAUAGCAAAUUCCAUCUGCUUUGUAUUCAAGUGGUGAAAAGGUUGGGCUGAGGUGAAACUAUAGGCCCAAAAAGUUUUUACAAAACAGUAGAUCUAGUUCUUAUACAACUUUGUAUGAUUUUUAUUAAACUUGUUUUUAUUUUACAGUCUUAAUUAAAUAGAAUACUAAUUUAAACUUCUUACCCAGUACAUUUCAAUAAUUCCUAGAUUAAUACUUUUGAGCUAUAAUUUCCUGCAGUUAAACUAAUAAAACCUUUUAAUUAUAACAAAAUUAUGAAUGGAAAAUUUUUUAACUUGUAAAUUCUGCAUUUUGAUUAAAAUUCUUGCAAUGGCA